GCGGCGGGGCCAACAUGGCGGCGGUCACCAUGAGGCUGCCGGCGGCCCGCGCGCCCCUGGAUUCUAGCGCGCUCCGGGGCGGCGAGAAGCACCUGGUGGCACCGGGGGACACCAUCACCACGGACACGGGAUACAUGAGGGGCCACGGUACUUAUGUGGAGGACGACAAGUUGAUCGCCUCGGUGGCCGGCGUGGUGGAGAGGGUGAACAAGCUGGUGUGUGUCAGGGCGCUGAAGGCCAGGUACAACGGCGAGAUCGGCGACAUCGUGGUCGGCAGGAUUACGGAGGUUCAGCAGAAGCGAUGGAAAGUGGAAACAAAUUCCAGGCUGGAUUCAGUCCUGUUGCUCUCAUCUAUAAAUUUACCUGGUGGGGAGCUGAGAAGGAAAUCAGCAGAAGAUGAGCUUGCAAUGAGGGACUACCUGCAGGAAGGGGAUCUCAUCAGUGCAGAGGUCCAGUCUAUAUUUUCUGAUGGGGCUGUAUCGCUGCACACCCGGAGCCUGAAGUAUGGGAAGCUUGCCCAGGGUGUGCUGGUUCAGGUGUCUCCCUCCCUUGUGAAACGCCAGAAGACUCAUUUCCAUGACCUGCCCUGUGGUGCCUCCGUGAUCCUCGGCAACAACGGCUUCAUCUGGAUCUACCCAACCCCAGAGCAGAAGGAUGACGAGGCUGGAGGCUACACUGCCAACUUGGAGCCAGUUCCCUUGUCUGACCGGGAGGUGAUCUCACGGCUCCGAAACUGCAUCAUGGCUCUGGUUACUCACAAGAUUAUGCUCUUUGACACCAGCAUCCUGUAUUGCUAUGAAGCAUCCCUUCCUCAUCAGAUCAAGGACAUUCUCAAGCCAGAGGUGACAGAGGAGAUCGUUCUGGAAGCUCGACAGAGGUUGCUGGAUUCAGAGGGAUAGGAUAGGGCACAUGGCCAGAAGCAGUCAUUUGAAAUCCCAGCAUGGCAGCUUUGAUUCUCAGUAUUAUAUGGGGUUUUUUUCAGUGUUCUAGUUCCCAACAUUCAUUCCACACUUCAGAAACCACCAAAAUUCCUCACUCCUAGGAUAUCUCCUGUGUCCUUUUAGUAUAAAGUAGUACUUAAGUACAAUAGCCUUUUAGUGCAACGGCCUGAAAAAUUGAUAUCUGACCUUUAUAAAGAUCAGAUGCAACUGGGACCUGUCUCCUAGCACCUGUUGCUGUGUCUAGUGCCCCAGAAUUUUGUGCAAAAUGACAGAGAGGAAGGCAUUUGUUUUGUGAUGUUUCUCUCUCCCCAGAAGAUGAUUUGGCUUUUAAUUUACUUGUGAUACAGAUCUGCCAGUCUGUCCCCUGACUGAGAGCUCUCAUUUUUAAGAAUGUAAACCUAGGCACAUGUGUUUAGAGAACAGGAGUAUCCACAGCCUUGCUAACCACAGUUUGGGUCUGGCUGUUCAUGACUUGAAUGUCUCAGGGGUAUGAGAUGGGAUGUGGCUGUCUCUGUCCAUGUGAGCCAGGAGCUCUGGACAAGCAGUGUCCUGGUUUGUGUAUAUCCUGCUGGUUUUUUUUGGUUUUUUUUUUUUUUUUUUAUGCCUGAGAGGUGAGCUCCUCUUCUGAGGAGCCACCAGUAUGGUUUUGUAUUAAGUAUUUUACAUUUCAAUAAAUUUUUUGAAACAAA